CGCCUUUUGGGAUUCGUCUUGUCGUUUUUUUAUUUGGAAACGCCGCCCGUUUUGAACCCCAGGUUCACGACGCAACGCUAACGGUGAUUCCAGUUUACCGGCGGUAGGCUUCACCCCGAGUUAAAGCAGUUAGGGAUUGCGCUGAAACGGACCGACGACCGUGCCGGAAAUUAUUAGUUUUGAGUGUUUUGACUGAGUACAGUGAAUACUUCUCCUUUAAUACGACUGAAGAAGUGCGUGCGCUGUUGGUAUUUGAUUUUCGUAUUUUUCAUAACGGUCGCUCGGAAGACGUGUGCUAUAUUACACUAUUACAGUAUUCAUCGCGGCGCGUGUCGUAAUAACAAUAAUAAUAAUUUUGCCGUCGCCGCAGGCACCCGUCGCCGCCUCCGUAACCGCCGCCGCCGUCUCGCGAGUCGCGAACAGUCGCGCGGCAGUCUCCGUCCGUUCGCCGCCGUCUUAUCAUCAUCGCCGUGCCCGCCUUUUCCGUAGUCACCGCCGCCGCCGCUGCCUCUUCCGUCUCGCCGACAAGUGUGUGUGUGUAGUACGCGUUUUUGCGUGUUUGCCGCUUGCGAUUUUUUUCGCCGUCUCGUCGUCCGUCCCGACAAACAAUAUUUCGCCGUCCGUGUGAUAAACCGUUGUUGAACGUAUCCGGCUGUGGCGGCCCGUCGGAAGAGUCUUAAAAAAGAAGAAAGAAUUCUAGUUUUCACGUGACGAAAACACCCGCAAAGGACACGCAUUGCCGUCGUCCAGGUCUGAUAUUCAACUGUCGAAAUUGCUCCUUACCAUAUGAUGGGAGUAACUGAAGCCCGUUCGUAGCAUCCAGCUAAAUCGUCACGCGUUUGCCAACGGCGUAAUACAAGUACAAAAAGGGUUAUAUGUACAUGAGCCAGCUUCUCAGAUGUACCCGUUGUCGGAGGAAGAUAGCAUGACGUCCCCAGGUUUUGCGGUGGUGUCGAGCUGUAGUACGGUAUCGUCGCCUUGGACGCCCGGUGGAGGCACGGCUGGUGGUAACCCUGACGGGCCGGACGGUGGCGGCAACGGUAUGCGUAGCGCGGCAGGCGUGAACGCGGGCAGCAACCUCAGCCUAGACGUGGAUGACUGUGAUGAUGACAAGGAACUGUCAGCGGCUGAUGCAGAGGGUGUGUGGAGUCCGGACAUUGAACAGAGCUUCCAGGAAGCACUAGCCAUAUACCCGCCGUGCGGGCGCCGGAAGAUCAUUUUGUCCGACGAGGGUAAAAUGUAUGGACGUAACGAAUUGAUCGCCAGAUAUAUAAAACUACGUACCGGUAAGACACGGACGCGGAAACAAGUCAGUUCUCACAUUCAAGUGUUGGCGCGCCGCAAGCUGCGUGAAAUUCAAGCCAAACUCAAAGUGGUGGUACCCACGGAGCAUGCGGCCAAGGAGAAGGCGUUACAGACUAUGUCGGCAAUGUCCAGUGCGCAGAUUGUAUCGGCAUCAGCAACAGUCGCAGCUAUACACUCCAAGGGAUUGGCCAGCCUGGCAUCUUUUCCACCUGGCGCGCCGCCCCCGCCGUUUUGGCAACCAGGAUUACAGCCAGGCACAUCCCAAGAUGUUAAACCAUUUGCCCAAGGAUAUCCAAGUGGUGGAUCAACAGGCCUUAAACCACCAUCUACUGCUGUAUCAUCUGAAAUUCAACCACCCAGUGUCCCACCUUGGGAUGGUAGAGCAAUUGCCACCCACAAACUACGUUUAGUUGAGUUCUCCGCAUUUAUGGAACAUCAACGAGAACCAGAAAUAUAUCAAAAACAUCUUUUCGUACAUAUUGGAGGACCAGUGAGCUAUUCAGAUCCUUUAUUGGAAUCUGUAGAUGUGCGACAGAUUUAUGAUAAGUUCCCAGAGAAAAAAGGAGGCCUUAAAGAAUUAUAUGACAAAGGUCCCCAAAAUGCAUUUUUCCUUGUCAAGUUCUGGGCAGAUCUCAAUUCGAACAUUCAUGAUGAAGCUGGUGCUUUCUAUGGCGUCACUAGCCAAUAUGAGAGUUCUGAAAACAUGAGCAUAACGUGUUCAACUAAAGUUUGCUCAUUUGGCAAACAAGUGGUGGAGAAAGUGGAGACAGAAUAUGCCCGAUUUGAGAAUGGUCGGUUCAUCUACCGCAUACAUAGGUCACCUAUGUGUGAAUACAUGAUCAAUUUCAUUCAUAAGCUCAAACAUUUGCCUGAGAAAUACAUGAUGAACUCUGUACUGGAAAAUUUCACUAUACUACAGGUGGUUACCAAUCGAGAGACCCAAGAGACUUUACUUUGUACUGCAUACGUCUUCGAAGUAUCUACAUCAGAACAUGGCGCACAACACCAUAUGUACAGACUGGUCAAAGACUAAGAGUAUAUUGUACAUAUUUUAUAAUGAAUUAU